GGAGGAAGUACAGGAGAUAGGAGACCGAGAUGCUUUUGUGGACUUGUGGCCAAGGACUUAAAAUCAUCAAAGAACAACGGCCGGAUGUUUUGGCGGUGUAGCAAGCAGGUUGGCUGCGGUUUCUUUAAGUGGGAUGAUGAAUUAGAUGUAAACCAGGUCUCUGAACCUUGGAAUGGCAGUGGCAGUGGCAGUGGCAAUCGUCCAUUACAAUCAAAAACUAGUUCCUCCCGGUCGGACUCUGUUUGCUAUAAAUGUAAUCAGAAGGGCCAUUUUGCAAACGCGUGCACGUCUGGUCGUCAGGAAGGGACCCGCCAAGUCAAAGGCAGCAAGCAAACAUCAAGGGUGACUUCAAAACGGACAACUACUUCCAAAGUAAUUACAGCAGCCAAACUUUCAAAGAAAAAACGCCCACUCUGAACAUGUACUACUAGUAUUUAAUUGAAAAAAAAAUUACAAAAAACGUCAUUGGAUUUUUUUUCUAAUGCAUGUGUUACUUACAGCAACCAUCAUGAACAUGCAUUCAACUAAUCAACUUGGCACACUUUUCUUCUACUUUUUUUUUCCUUUCAU